AUGAGUGGAGAGAACCCGUUGACUGCUGCGGACCUUGAUAUCGUAGGCGCGUUAGCUCCUACGCUCACUCCUCCAAUGACUAAGCUUUUCCGGCAGCUCUGCGACAGAGCAGAGAGUCACAUCCUGAAGGCAAAAUGGCAGCAGAAGUACUACGCAGAGACAAAGCGCCGAGCAGUGGAGUAUGUGGUGGGAGACAAGCUAGUUCCCCACCGCCCCCGCCCUUGCGCUUUGGUUCCCUCGGCAGCCGACGCCGCCUGGCCUCCUAUCCACGAUGCAGCAGGCAAUCCCACAGAGGAAUACAAAGUCGACUAUAUUAUGGACCAACGCAGCUCGGGAGAAGCAGCCCAGUACCUCAUGAAGUGGCGCAGGACCCCUGAAGAUCAAGCCACAUGGAAGCCAGCUCACCACCUUACAGGCUGCCCGGCUUUGCUUCGCGUUUGGCGCCGCCGCCAACGAAGACGUCUUCGGGCUCGAAACAACAUUGGUCCUUCCGAGGCGUAG